AUGCCUCUUCCCCUUCUUCUUCUCCUCUUCUCAGUCCUUGCCUCCGCUUCGCCGGAGCUGGACGUGUACGCGCUCAUCAAGAUGAAAGCGGCGCUACUGGUCCCGGCUACCUCCACCGCGCUCGCCGACUGGGACCCUUCCGCCACGCCCCCCGCGCACUGCUCCUUCUCGGGCGUGUCCUGCGACGCGGCCGCACGCGUCGUCAGGAUCAACCUCACGAGCAUGCCGCUGCAUGGGGGCGUCCUCCCGCCCGAGGUCGCGCUGCUCGACGCCCUCGUGAACCUCACAGUCGCCGCCUGCUCCCUGGCGGGGAGCCUCCCGGCGUCGCUCGCCGCGCUGCCGGCGCUCCGCCACCUCAACGUCUCCAACAACAACUUCAGCGGGCCGUUCCCCGCGCCGGCCGGCGCCGGAGAGCCCUAUUUCCCGGUGCUGGAGGUCGUCGACGCCUACAACAACAACCUCUCCGGCCCUCUGCCCCCGUUCGGCGCCGCGCACGCGCGCCUCCGCUACCUCCACCUCGGCGGGAACUACUUCUCGGGCGCCGUACGGGAAAGCUACGCGGACCUCGCGGCGCUCGAGUACCUUGGACUCAACGGUAACUCGCUCUCCGGCCAGGUGCCCGCGUCGCUCGCGCGCCUCAAGCGGCUGCGGGAGAUGUACAUCGGCUACUUCAACCUGUUCAACGGCGGCAUCCCGCCAGAGCUCGGCGAGCUUGACUCGCUCGUCCGCCUCGACAUGAGCAGCUGUAACCUCACGGGCCCCAUCCCGACGGAGCUCGGACGGCUCGCGCGCCUCGACACGCUCUUCCUGCAGAUGAAUCGCCUUUCCGGGGAAAUACCCACGCAGUUAGGCGACCUCAAGGAUCUCAAGUCGCUGGACCUCUCCAUGAACCAGCUCGUCGGCGAGAUACCGGCCGGCCUCGCUAAUCUCACCAGCCUCAGGCUUCUACACUUGUUCCGCAACCACCUCCACGGCAACAUACCAGCGUUCAUGGCCGACUUACCGCACCUGGAGGUGCUGCAACUGUGGGAGAAUAACCUCACCGGUCACCUUCCGGCCGGAUUAGGAAAGAACAGCCCACUCAAGAUGCUGGACGUGGCCACCAACCACAUCACGGGCAAGAUACCGCCUGACCUCUGCGCGGGCAGGAAGCUGGAGAUCCUCGUGCUGAUGGAGAACGGCCUGUCCGGUCCCGUUCCAGAGUCACUGGCCGCAUGCAAGACGCUGAAGCGCAUCCUCCUUGGCAAGAACAUGCUCAGCGGCUCUGUGCCGGCUCGUCUCUUUGAACUCCCCGACGCAGGCGAACAAGCUUGA